GGAAUGUGAAGACAGUAGCUAAGAAGCGAGUGGGUUGACUUUGAAAAGAAGUAUUUGGUUUGUGUGUAGAAUGAGAAUGUUCGAAAGGAGAGCAAGGAAAUGGAUACUCCUUGUAAAGCUUGUGCUUUUCACUAGUAUAUGGCAGCUUGCUUCAGCUCUUGGUUCAAUGUCUUCAAUUGCAAUUUCCUAUGGAGAAGGUGGUUCUGUAUUCUGUGGUCUGAAGUCUGAUGGGUCUCAUCUUGUGGUUUGCUACGGAUCGAACUCAGCGAUCCUCUAUGGGACUCCUGGUCAUCUUCAGUUCAUCGGUUUAACCGGUGGAGAUGGGUUUAUGUGUGGGCUUCUGAUGCUAUCUCAUCAGCCUUAUUGUUGGGGAAACAGUGCAUUUAUUCAAAUGGGAGUUCCUCAACCAAUGACCAAAGGAUCUGAGUACUUAGAAGUUAGUGCUGGCGAUUACCAUCUCUGUGGUUUGAGGAAACCAAUAGUGGGAAGAAGAAAAGGCAGCAACAUUUCUUCUUCUUCCCUUGUUGAUUGCUGGGGUUACAAUAUGACAAGAAACUUUGUCUUUGAUAAGCAGUUACAUUCGCUCUCGGCUGGUUCGGAGUUCAACUGCGCGCUGUCCUCUAAAGACAAGUCUGUUUUCUGUUGGGGAGAUGAGAAUAGCAGUCAAGUAAUCAGUUUAAUACCAAAGGAAACAAAGUUUCAGAAAAUUGCAGCUGGUGGAUACCAUGUUUGUGGCAUUCUUGACGGGUUGGAAUCGCGAGUGCUCUGUUGGGGAAAGAGCUUAGAGUUCGAAGAGGAGAUCACAGGGACUUCUACGGAAGAAAAGAUUCUUGAUUUACCACCAAAAGAGCCACUCUUGGCAGUGGUAGGUGGGAAAUUUUAUGCUUGUGGAAUCAAACGCUAUGAUCAUAGUGCGGUUUGUUGGGGUUUUUUCGUGAACCGGAGCACACCUGCUCCUAAAGGUAUAGGCUUUUAUGAUCUUGCAGCGGGGAAUUACUUCACUUGCGGAGUUCUCUCAGGGACUUCUAUGUCACCGGUUUGUUGGGGUCUUGGUUUCCCUGCUUCUAUCCCUUUAGCUGUCUCACCAGGACUCUGUAUAGACACUCCUUGUCCACCAGGAACUCAUGAACUCAGUAACCAAAACAACUCGCCUUGCAAAGUGACUGGCUCUCACAUUUGCUUGCCCUGUACUACCAGUUGCCCUCCUGGAAUGUAUCAGAAAAGCGAAUGCACAGAGAGAUCUGAUCAAGUUUGUGCUUAUAACUGCUCGAGUUGUUCCUCACCUGACUGCUCCUCAAACUGCUCUUCUUCGUCUACCAGUGGAGGCAAAGAAAAAGGAAAGUUUUGGUCACUGCAGCUACCUAUUGCAACUGCAGAGAUUGGAUUUGCUCUGUUUUUGGUAGCAGUCGUCUCGAUAACAGCGGCUUUAUACAUUAGGUACAGAUUGAGGAAUUGUAGGUGCUCAGAAAAUGAUGCAAGGUCUUCUAAAGAUUCAGCCUUUAUGAAAGAUAAUGGCAAAAUCCGUCCGGAUCUCGAUGAGCUACAAAAGCGCAGAAGGGCUCGAGUUUUCACUUAUGAGGAACUUGAAAAAGCCGCAGAUGGAUUCAAAGAAGAAUCCAUAGUGGGGAAAGGGAGUUUCUCAUGUGUGUACAAAGGAGUACUGAGAGAUGGAACCACUGUUGCAGUGAAGAAAGCGAUAAUGUCAUCAGACAAACAGAAGAAUUCAAAUGAGUUUCGCACGGAGCUGGAUCUGUUAUCAAGACUCAACCAUGCUCAUCUUCUUAGCCUUCUUGGAUACUGUGAAGAAGGUGGAGAAAGGCUUCUGGUUUAUGAGUUUAUGGCGCACGGCUCACUGCACAACCAUCUUCAUGGAAAGAACAAGGCCUUGAAAGAGCAACUAGAUUGGGUCAAACGAGUAACGAUUGCUGUCCAAGCUGCUAGAGGAAUCGAAUACUUGCACGGUUAUGCUUGCCCUCCCGUGAUUCACCGGGAUAUUAAAUCAUCAAACAUUCUUAUAGAUGAAGAACACAAUGCUCGAGUAGCUGAUUUUGGUCUCUCCUUACUUGGUCCUGUCGAUAGCGGCUCUCCUUUGGCAGAAUUACCAGCAGGAACUCUCGGUUACCUUGAUCCCGAGUACUAUCGACUGCAUUAUCUCACAACCAAAUCCGAUGUCUACAGCUUUGGAGUCCUGCUUCUAGAGAUCCUAAGUGGAAGAAAAGCCAUAGACAUGCACUACGAAGAAGGGAACAUAGUAGAAUGGGCGGUUCCUUUGAUCAAAGCAGGAGAUAUAAACGCACUCUUGGACCCGGUCUUGAAACAUCCAUCUGAAAUCGAAGCUUUGAAAAGAAUUGUGAGCGUGGCUUGCAAAUGCGUGAGGAUGAGAGGGAAAGAUAGACCAUCGAUGGAUAAAGUGACAACAUCAUUGGAACGAGCGCUUGCACAGCUAAUGGGAAACCCAAGCAGUGAGCAGCCAAUAUUACCAACAGAAGUAGUGCUCGGGAGCAGCAGAAUGCACAAGAAGUCAUGGAGGAUCGGUUCAAAAGGGUCUGGUUCCGAGAAUACGGAAUUUAGAGGCGGAUCAUGGAUAACUUUCCCGAGUGUGACAUCAUCGCAGAGGCGAAAAUCGUCGGCAUCUGAAGGAGAUGUAGCGGAGGAGGAGGAGGAUGGGAGGAAACAACAAGAAGCAUUGAGGAGUCUUGAGGAAGAGAUAGGGCCAGCUUCUCCUGGACAGAGCUUGUUCUUGCAUCAUAAUUUCUGAAAACAAGUGUUGUUCUCUCAAGUCUUUAGUAACCAAUGACAUAUAUAAGUAAGAUAUUUACUCUGAUGUAUAAUGUGUUCCUUAAGGCAGGAAUGUAACAAAGAGGCAGAGAGAUU